UUAACUCGAUCGUAGCUGCGGACUGAUUCCAAAUGGAUUCUCGCAGCUUGAUCUCUACGAAGGCGCUACAGAUGGUAACAACCACGCUGAUCCUCCUGAGCCUGGCGCGGCCGUCGCUGUGCCAGCGGCGGGAGCUCGAGCUGGUGGAGACCCCGGCGGGCGACCAGCUGACGUACCACGGCGGCGCCGUCCUCAGCGGCGACAUCCCCGUCUUCAUCGUCUGGUACGGGAGCUUCUCGGCCGAGCAGAAGGCCAUCGUCGUCGACUUCAUCGAGUCGCUGACCUCCAAACCCCACUCCGCGACGCCCUCGGUCGCGCAGUGGUGGAGCACCAUCCACAACGUCUACCUGUCCACCUCCACCGCCGCCGCCGGCGGCGACACGCGUAUCCUCCUCGCCAGCCAGGCCUCCGACGAGCAGUACUCUCUCGGCAAGUCCCUGACGCUGGACCAGGUGUUCCAGCUCGCGGCGGGCGCGGGGCCCAGGAAGGGCGGGCUCGUGCUGGUGCUCACGGACCCGGGCGUCGUCGUCGACGGCUUCGGCAGCGUGCGGUGCGGGCUCCACGGCGCCGAUGCCGGCGCGGGCUACGCCUACGCGUGGGCGGGUGACGCCGAGCGGCAGUGCCCCGGGCAGUGCGCGUGGCCGUUCGCGAAGCCGUCGUACGGCCCGCAGGACAAGCCCCUGGGCGCGCCCAACGGCGACGUCGGCGUCGACGGCAUGAUGGUGACGCUCGCCAGCAUGGUGGCGGGGGCCGUGACCAACCCGUUCCGCGACGCCUACUACCAGGGCGAGAAGGACGCCGCGCUGGAGGCGUGCACGGCGUGCGCCGGGGUGUACGGAAGCGGAUCGUACCCCGGGUACGCCGGGGACGUGCUCGUCGACAAGGACACCGGAGGCAGCUACAAUGCCAUUGGCGCCGGGGGACACAAGUACCUGCUCCCCGCCGUCUACGACACGGGGAAGCCUGGUUGCUCUACUUUGGUGUAGAGCGCGGAAAACGGUGACGAAUUUCACUGCACGUCGUCGGCGCCGAAGGUGUAAAUAUACAUAAUUGUUUCUUCGAUUUGCCGUUCUUAUUUCGACGAGCUUAUGGUGUUGACGCUUGCUGGGAUCGUUGGAGGAUCGGAGGAUCUCUAAGAAUUGGAUAAAACAGAAGAGCGCGAAGUAUGCUAAGCAAGGAGUUGUCUUUCAAAGACCAACGUACAAAUCAAGAUCAGUUUAUCAAAAUGAAUAGAGAUGAAAUUGGGCGACCGAUGCUGUGUGGACUUUGGAUCAACCAGCUAAUUAUAUUUACUUAUUUCUAUGUACCUGGUUAGUUGGUUGCGCUAUUAUGGAA